AGCUGAUUUCCGGUGUCUUUAAAUGUCCUGCCAUUAUUCUUCGACAAGCAGCAGCUAGGUAUGAUGUUAUUUGACGGAAAGAGACACCCAAACGUGGGAUACGUUUAACCAUUGGGAUGCUUAAAUAUUUAAGUAUUUGUUUUAUACCGUUACGGUCUUUAGAGAUGUGAGGUUUAUUUUGGUAAGAUUAACGGUAGUGAUAUCGCGGGUUGUCGUCUCUGUGCUCCCACAGUUCCUCUUUUCUGCCGCAGUCAGAUAUUUUCACCUUAGUUACAUUUUAGCAACGUAGCUACCUACCUACAUAAUUUACAAGGAAGGUAACUAACUUAACACAGCUACCUAACGUUUCUUCGGGUGUCAUCUCCUUGCUAGCCUACAAUGCUACUAGUUACAAACCAGCGUUAGGAUAUCUUGUCAGGCAGUACGGAUGAUUUUGAGUUAAUCUGUCGAGGUUAAAGCAACGAGUUUAUAGCCAUCUGUUGUUAACUAAGUAACGUUAGUGUUGGCAAGCUACUGAAGCUAGCUAGCUAACUAGCUAAUGUGUAGCCAAAUGCUAUCUAAGUAAAUUGCUUCCGUCUGACAGUGUAUGAUUGCUAGGCAGUGGUUGGUUGGAUACAUACGCUUGACACCUAGCCACCAUCGUUCGCAGAUAUCACAUCAACAGGCGAAUCUUGUAACCAAUUUUAUGUUUCACGUUGGUCAGAGCGCUUGAGUUGGUGCCAGGCUGUGGAAAGCAGAGAAAGAAGGGGGGGGGUGAGAGAGUAGUGAAACGCACACAGUGUUCUUUGUGCCAGGGGUUUGGCCCAGUCUCCAUCAGCAAAGCGCAACACUAACUGCCCAGUCGGCUCUGUUCAGAGCAGCUUCAGAGCCAUGACAACUCAAAGGGAUGUCGAUAUUGUGAACCUGCGUCUUAUCCUGGUCAGUGGGAAGACACAAGACUUCAUCUUUUCCCCCAACGACUCGGCCAUGGACAUCGCCAAGCACGUCUUUGAUAACUGGCCCUUGGGAUGGGAGGAGGAGCAGGUGAGCAGCGCCAGCAUCCUACGCCUCAUCUUCCAGGGACGCUUCCUGCAUGGCAACGUCACCCUGGGAGCUUUAAAGCUGCCCCCUGGCCGAACAACUGUCAUGCACUUGGUUGCCAGAGAGACCCUGCCAGAGCCUAACUCCCAUGGUCAGCGUAACCGGGAGAAGACCGCGGAGAGCAACUGCUGUCUGCUCUUGUAAAGACGACAACAAACAACAAUCCUCCCCUUAACCCUCCCCCACGUUCACCCCUGCUCGGCUUCUGUCUGCCCGUCAACCAUGGAUUUGGAGAGAUCACAGGGAGAUGGGUCACAGAGCUGUCAGCCUGCUGUCUGGCACAUGUUUGUGGCACUCUGACCCAAUCGGUGGCUUUGGAAUUAUUUGUAGUUUAUUUUWUUWUWUUUUUUUCGUACCCAUUUAUUCAGAUCAAUUUUCUUUUUUCACCCUUUUGCCAGAUUCUGCCUUUUUUCUUCUGUGUUGUAAAACCAUGUUAAGAAUUUGUACAUAUAAUCUCCGUGGUUACCCAGGAUGAGCUAGCUGGGUGGCCAUACAGGUUUUGAAGACCUCCCACAGAAAUACUGUCAAACUAUGACUUCGGAACAUUGACCCGUACUGUGACUGUGGCGUUGGUCAUUUGCAUUGACUCCAAGUAUCUUUCUGCUAAUGAAAUGGAAGUUCCCAUGGCUCUUGUAGAACGGCGUUAAAACCUCUCAUUGCACUUAACUGGGUUGUUUAUUUGAAAGUGUUUCUUGUAGAUUUUUUUUGUAUCGUCUUAAUCUUCCCAUCUUACAGAGGAAGAGAGAAUAAUGUCCUACUGUUAGACAAAGUGCCAUCCUCCUCACCCGAUGUAGACCGUGCACAGUACAGUAGUUGACUCCUACUAGCAGGGUGUGUGUAGUCUGKCAUAGCACCAGUGGAGUGGUGUGUAUCUCUGUGACAUGGGCCACACUCGUGUUUGUUCCUGGACUUGGACCAACAGAGGAAGAGUUCAAAGUUGUGCCACACCUGUGUGUGUGGCAUUGUCACGUGUUUGAUCACCUCGACGGUGAAUGAGGAACUGGUCUAGCUAGAAGAAUCUAAACUAACUCCUACACGUUCUCCCCCUGGUUGUGAAGCCCUGCUUUUUCCCUUCUUUUUUAACUGAGUGAAAAGUAUUGAAGGAUUGCUUCUGCGUGACCAUUGUCAUUCUGUAUGGCUUCCACCUCUGAUCAACAUGACCAUUUAGACUACAUCCCGUCCCAUGGGACAGCCCCCUCGCCACUCCCCGUCCGACCUGAGUGAGGAAUAAGGGAAUCGACACCAGGAGCCAAUCAACAGAGAGGUGUUGGUAGUUGGAGGGCUUCAUGGCCAGCUACAGGACAUUAGGGCUAGAGGCAUGAGAGGGAGCAAUUCCUUGGAGAGGGUUCCCCUCUGGAAAAUAGGAGGAGAUGAUGAUGAUGGUAUUUGACCUCCUUUUUGUUUGGAUGCUGUCUGUUUUUGUUUGCCUUUUUGAUUGUGGAAUUAUUCAGUAAUAUCAUUAAUAUUGCAAUUGGAAAAUGUCAAUUUUUAUCUUGUAUUGAUAUUGUUUGUCCAGUUGCUGAUGUCUGACUCCUGUUAAUUGAAUGCUUUUUGUCCCAGGGGUUAGUGUGUGUGGGAAUUGCGUAUUAAUUUUACAUGACUGUUGUAUGUGUGAGUGGAUGGGUUGGGGAAAUGACUUGAGUGUAUGGAGACCGUUUGUGUAUUUGAGUAAUGGGUGUGUGUUUGCGAAAACCUAAAAACGGUGUGUUUUGUGUGUGUGAGCACUGGAGGUUGGUGGUGGAGUAGGAGGAUAGAUUGGUCUUGGGUGGCUGUGGUUUCCAUGGAAACAGUGUGAAUCCUUCCUUUUAGUGAGUGUCCUUUGGUUAGUGUCCGUCAACCAAUGUCACUGCUAUGAAAUGUAGCUCAAUAUGAAUAAAUGUUUAAAAAAAUAA